GUGAGCACGCAUGGUGGCCACGCGAGCUGUGCGGGUGCGGCGCCCGAUGCUGCUCGUCGCGGCUGUCGUCCUCGCUGUGGCGGCGGCGGCGCCCGUGGCGGCGACGCUGCACCCGGUGGACUACCUGGCGCUGCAGGCCGUGCGGAGGGCUCUCUCGGACAUGCCCGGGUCACGGUUCUUCGCGUCGUGGGACUUCACCGGCGACCCCUGCGCGUUCGCGGGCGUUUCUUGCUCGGGCGACGGCCGCGUCGUCACGCUCGCGCUCGGCGACCCGCGCGCCGGCGCGCCGGGCCUGUCCGGGGCGUUUCCCUCCGCUGCUCUCUCGCGGCUCUCGGAGCUCACCUCGCUUUCGCUUGUCCCCGGGCGCGUGUCUGGGGAGCUGCCUCCCGCGGUGGCGGCGUUGCCGGGGCUACGGUUCCUCGCGCUCUCCGGGAACCUCCUCUCCGGCGACCUCCCCGCCACGUUCUCCCCGUUGCUCCGCACUGUCGACCUCAGCAAGAACUCCUUCUCCGGCCGGAUACCCCCGUCGCUCCUCCUAAUCAGGAGCCUGCGGACGCUCGUCCUCUCCCACAACUCCCUCUCCGGCGAGAUUCCCAAGCUGGUGAGUUCCCCGUUGGUCCAUCUCGACCUCCGGAACAACCGACUCACCGGCGGCGUCCCGCCGCUGCCGGAGACGCUGGUGUACCUGUCUCUCGCCGGGAACAGGCUGUCAGGCCGCGUGGGCGCCGUGCUCCGGAGGCUGCCGAGGCUGUCGUUUCUUGACCUUGGCGGGAACUGGUUCUCCGGCGAGGUGCCCGGGGAGGUGUUCUCCUUCCGCAUUGGCUACCUGCAGCUGCGCAAGAACGCGUUCUCCGGCGAGCUCCGGCCAGCGGGGCGCGUCCCGGCGGGCGCCACGGUGGAUCUCAGCCACAACGCGCUCUCCGGCCGCGUCCCGCCGGAGCUGGCGCCGGCGUCGGCGGUCUACCUCAACGGGAACAAGUUCGCCGGCGCGGUGCCGCGGGAGAUCGCCGCGGCGGCCGAGGGCGGGCGGAUGCGGGUGCUCUUCCUGCAGGACAACUUCCUGACCGGCAUCGGCGUCGGCGGCGUGCCGGCGAGCGCGGCCGUGUGCGCGCACUGGAACUGCGUCGCGCCGCCGCCGCCAGUGGUGGCGGCCUGCCCCGCCAAGGGCGGCAGGGGGCGCCGCCGGCCGACGACGCAGUGCGGCGGCCGGAGACGGUGAGGUUAGGAGGGCUAAGCUGGGUUUAAGGAGGGGUUUAAGCAUUGGGUUUUGGAGGGGUUUAAUUAGUGGUUAAUUGUGGUCUCAUGGCUCAUGAGAUGGUGGUGAAUAAUAGUUUUGCUGUAAAUCAUCUUUUUUUUGGGGUUAAUCUUUAGAUACACGGCUGUGAUUUUGUUGCAAUUAAACAUGAACGGUGGAUGAUGUAUUUCAGUGCUAAUGAUGCAAUUUUAUAUAGAAAAGGU